UCAGUCUAGUGCGCUCUAUUAAAAUCUAAACAACGUGUAGGCGUGAUGUUAUGUUGAAGAUUAUUUAUUUACUACUGAACCCACCUCAAAUUAUUGUUCAGUGUUAUCGGUUGAGCAACUCUGUAUUGGACAAAAGUGACAGCUAAAAUGCUUUCAAAAAUAACGCUUUGACAAAAACCGAAAGGAAAAAUAUUGAGUGCAUUCCAAGCGGGCUUUGAACAAAAUAAAUAAAUUUAGCACAGAAGAAAACAAUUUAGUGUUCCCGCGUCUGUUUUUAAGUAUUGUGGACACAUUUGUCGAAAUAAAAACUAAGCGAGUGAAUUAGAAAGUACAAAAUGGACGUUUCCAGACAAACUUAUAGUGAAGCAAAUACCACGGGUGUUUCUAUGUAUUUGUCGUUCGAUUCGAGCAUUUCCAGUGCUGCUUACAAGACUCUAGAAGCGACCACAGAUAAUCUUUCGAUUUUAUCUAACAUGGACCAUGAGGAGGAAACAGUGGAAAACUCUCAAGAGCUGAAUCAAAAUAGUACAUUGGAGGCAAUCGAUUCACACUUAAACUACCUUGCGUCUGUGAAGGAUAUGGACACACAUUCGCAGCUGUCUGCUAUACCAAAGAGAGUACUCCAAGAGUUUAAUAUUGCCAGCUCGACACCAACAAAGGAACAACUGUUACGCAGCGUGGAAGUAAAUCGUGGGUCAAGCGCCGACAGAUGCUUUGAUAUGAAAUUGGCUUUUAUGGAUAUGGAGGAGAAAAUUGAGAAUGACCAUGUUAAGAAUAAAGAAAAUACCUUACCUCUAAACGAAGUAGCAUUACUAUCUGUUAAAAGUAAUGAAGAAAUUCCUACUUUACCUAAAGAAGAAAAGGUACAAAUACUCGAAGUAAGUACUCUAAAAUCAGAUGCUGAAAGUGAAAAAACAGAAUGUGAAACAUCGAAAACUACUGAAAUGGCAAAUACCGAAGACGAUGAAACGCCAAAAAAUACCGACGAUCAAACCAUUAAAGCUGCAGUGGAAAGUAAAGUGCAAGUAGCAGAUUUCAACAAACGCCAAUCAAUGGCAAAGAAAUCUCUUUGUGAGCCCAAUCUUUUAACUAAUCGUCCAUCGAGAAUUGUCACAAAUGCAGCAAGGACGAAUUUAGCCAAAGAGAUAAAUUCAGAAAUACCAAAAUUGUUGAAUAAGGUUUUGAAAUUCACUGAACCUACAACUGUAAUAAAUGAUAAACCCAAAACUUCUUCUGUAUUGGAUAAACGUAAGUCCAUUUCAUGUAACUCGAAGGGACGUUCUUCAAUCCUACCAACAACUGCCAAAUCACUACCAGAAAAGCGUCCUUUCGCGUUCACUCAUCGUAUGUCUGUAUUGGUUAAGACCACAUUAAACAGCCCAGCUCGUAAAAUAGCUCGACGGUCGGUAUUACCAACGGGACAACAGAACUGGAAAAAUGUCGCACCAACUGUGUCACUGAAGACUAGUCGCAAAAGUAUGCUGCCAGUUGGGAAGUCCACUCAAUCCACAAAUAGCGUUACCAGUUCACAAUCUUUAUCAAAGCCCCCUUCUGAUUCCUUAAAAUCAAUACCAUCUAAUAGAAAGUCAAUAUUUCCUAUUGACAAGCCACGCAGUGAAUCGUACAAAACGACCAUCGCUUCUACAUUGACAACACUUAAUGCGAAACCUCGACCAAGUCUAGCUAGAAAAGCAGAGACGUCGUUUGUUUGCAAUGUUUGUGGCAGCAAAUAUUACAUAAAGUCUCUCUUGGAUGCACAUAAACGCUCUCAUGAAGGCGAUGAAUUGCCGGCGUUUGUUAAGAAAACAACUUCAAACGUUUCGAACACUGCACCAGUAAAUUCGCAAGCAAAUGGUGUAAAUAAAUGUAAAUAUUGCGACAAAAAGUUUGCACUGCUGCGUGCCUUACACAUUCAUCUUUUGCAAAAUUGUCCUAAAAUUCCACCAAAUGAGAAGCGCAAGCUAAACUUUCAUGAGAUGGAUCACAUUGGAAAAGCUCAAUUGCCUGAAUUUUUUCAUGCAAAUUCAUCUAAUGGUAAGAUAAAUUCACAAACGCAAAUGACAUCUUCGAUAAGUGCUCCAACGCAGCGUUCUCAUUCGGACCUAAGUAGCAUUUCUGUUAGUUCUACCGAUUCUGCUAACGAUAAAAAAGCUCUCGCUGAAAUUACAAUGAUAGCAAACACUGCUGCUGCCGCAGUUGAUGGCUUACUAUCGGAAAUGGCACCACCAUCUGCAAGAAUGGUAAAGAAAACGAAUGCACAUGCUGGGGUACAUCGGACUCCCAACAAGUCAAUUAUAUGUCAUCAAUGCAAGUUAUCAUUCAAAUGUAUAAUGGACCUCUUUCAACAUAACAAAACUGUACACUUUAACAAUGCCUCUAAUCAACAAGGCACAGAAAACAGUGCCAAGAAGAUGACAAACAAUGCAAUUGCAAAUGAUUCAAAAUAAACGCAAUCUAUGCGUUAAUGUUUUUAUACGUUUCUUAAGACACUUUAUUUAUUUUUUAUGUUUACCUUUUUCGUAGUUAAUUUCCGUUCCUUCAUAUAUACAUGCAGAAGUUCUAUAGGGGUAUUUCGCAGCCUUAUAUAGCCCUCGCACGGUGCACGAUUUGCAAAACUGUCGCAGAAGAAAACCGAUAUUUGCUGUGCAGUCCAUGCGCCGUGCAAGAGCUUUGCAAGACUCGGAGAAUACCCCUUAUGUGGUUAACGCAAUGGAGGUUUUCCAUUCAGUACCCAAGAAGAUUUCGCUUCUUUGCAUUUUAUUAUGAAUUUAUUUAAACGUGUUCUUGCAUACGACAUGGACUUUAAGGUUUAGUUGUGUAAUUCUUGAAAAUUACAUUAAGCGCAUUAUGCGCCUCAAGUAAAUGCAUAUAUGUACGUAUGUAGACGGAAUACGAGUAUGUAAGUUUUAAAUUCUAGUAUAUAAUUUCAUUCUAAAACUUUACCCUAAUAUAUUUGAAAAAAUUAAAGCCUUUAAAUUUAAUUGAUUGACUGUAAUUUACAAUACAUGAUAUACAUACA